UUGUCAUCUUCCUCGACAAGUUACAGAUCCCCGUCCCUCUCGAAAAAAAAUCCUUCAGAAAGUUCCCAAAAAUUUUUCAUCUUCCUCGAUAAGAAGGAGGCCACCAAUUUUUCGGCAACGAGCAAGUCGUGCGAGCCGACGAUCCACGAGCACCAAAAAACCCAAUUUCAGGCGAGGAGAUUCGAGGACACCCGAGAUGCACCAAAUUCCGGUGAGUACCAAGAGCACCAGGCCAUUCACGACGAGGCAGGCACACUCUGGCUGCAGCCCUCAGCCAAGAUAGGCGCGCUUGCUUCGUGUGCUAUAGUGGCCAUGUUCCAAGACACGGUUUUUCCGACCACAAGCCCUCGGAAGUCAAGCGAAGCCUGA